AGCUGAUCGAUUGAUUGGAUCACAUGGCGGCCUUCUCCUCCAGCAACGGCGUGCCGCCGGGGUUCCGGUUCCAUCCGACCGACGAGGAGCUGCUGCUCUACUACCUCAAGAAGAAGGUCGGCUUCGAGAAGUUCGACCUCGAGGUCAUCAGGGAGGUCGACCUCAACAAGAUCGAGCCAUGGGAGCUGCAAGAGAGGUGCCGGAUCGGGUCGGCGCCGCAGAACGAGUGGUACUUCUUCAGCCACAAGGACCGCAAGUACCCGACGGGGUCGAGGACGAACCGGGCCACGACGGCCGGCUUCUGGAAGGCGACGGGCCGGGACAAGUGCAUCCGCACCAGCUACCGCAAGAUCGGCAUGCGCAAGACCCUCGUCUUCUACCGCGGCCGCGCCCCGCACGGCCAGAAGACCGACUGGAUCAUGCACGAGUACCGCCUCGAGGACGCCGACGACGCCCAGGGCGGCACCAGCGAGGACGGAUGGGUGGUGUGCCGCGUGUUCAAGAAGAAGUGCUUCUUCAAGAUCGGCGGCGGCGAAGGGAGCACCAGCCAGGGCGCGGACGCCGGCGGCCACCUGGCCGUGUCCCCGCCGCUGGGCGGCCACCACGACCAGGCCAGGGCCGCCCUGGCGUCCCACUACAUGCACCCGCACCAGUACUACCACCACGCCUCCUCCUACUACUCGCAGAUGCAGGCGCCGGCUCCGCACGCCGCCUACUCGCACCACGUCCAGGUCCAGGACCUCCUCACCAACCACCGGCCCGGUGACGACGCUGCCGGCGCCGGCUACGACUUCUCCGGCCUGCCGGUCGAGCAUCACCCAGGCGGACUGGACGUCGGCAGCAGCGACGGCGUCGCCGCAGACGGUGCCCAGCUGGGCGAAGGGAGGGACCAGGCGAGCGGUGCAGCCGCCGAGCAGUGGCAGGCGAUGGACGGCUUCAGCAACGGCGGGGGCGCCGCGGUGCAGCAGAUGGCCGGCGCCAUGAGCUCCGGCGCCCAACGAGGAGGGGAGAUGGAUUUAUGGGGUUACGGGAGGUAAAAGCUUAGCUUGCUGACAUGUCUGAUCGGAGACACGAUCGAAGAACAAGUGAGCAUGCAGCAGCGUCCGUACAUGAUGAAAUCGUGCAAAUUGAUGCAGGUUUCUUGCAUUGGGAGCUUAUAUAUAACCUGAUUUGUUUGGAUUAGUUUUGGUGUUUUACGAUGAUGUGUGUAUAUGUUGUAUUAUUUGUUGUUGGUAUGGUGUAAUAAGAGCCAAGGAUAUACAUACACAUGGCGCGUAA